UUCAGCUCAGUAGAGUUCACAGCGCGAAGCAGCUCAUUUGCAAAAUUAAUCUGUACAGAAGCAAAAGCGCAACGCAAUGAAACGAUUGUUGUUCCUCGCAUUAGCCAUCACAUUGCUGAUAAAGGAUACGCUUAGCUUGCCCACGCCUAGCGAAACCACCUCCACCUACGAAGUCAAUGAAAUCGAGCAUGGCGCAGUUGCAUCUGUAAGUCCCGCAUCACCUGCAGCUACGGAAUCAGAAAGUUUGAGCAGCAGGAAACGUGUCUCAGCUUUGGCAUUCAAACGAUACACCAACUUGCUGCUUUUCCAACUCGAGCGCACCCACCACAUUGCCAAAGAUGUACUCGCCGACCCCACAAUUACAGCGUUAAGCAGCGAGCAGAUGCAUGGAAAAAUCGAGAUACUACGCAAAUAUGUGACCCAAUCAGAUUUAGCGGAAUUAAAAAAAGUACCGCCUGCAAAAAUACCAAACAGAUAUUACUUAGCUAUUGGGACUAUUUUUGUGCUUGGACAUUUUGACAGUGUCGUACGUGAGUUAAAUGCUACAAGCGAACAAGAUAAGAGCCGCUCUGAGAACUUGCUUUGGGCAGCGCUGCAGCGUCAUGGCUUACAGGAGUACCUGGUGGAGGUGGAAAAGCGUGGCAUAGAACUUUUCGAAAGUUGUGUGGAUGAUUUUGAAAAAUAUGUGAAAUCACUUUCCUCCGCUGAGCGGGAAAAUGAUGAGGUAGCGCGUCGCUACGUUAUGUACACACAACAUCCUGAGCGGCUGUCCAAAAGAGAAUUCGCCGGUCAACUGCUCGAUGUGAUCCUUCGUGAUGCGGCGAAAGCGUAUGAAUAGUUUUGAAAAUUCCUCCCCUUCCGUACUUUUGGGACGAUGAAAUAAGUAUGUAAAUGUGGAAAAACUAUGUGUGCAUGAAUCCAAUAUAUGCAAUAAAUAUAUCUGCUUUUGCUCUAAAGCCAACUCAUAGCCUCUUAUCAGUCGGGAAUCUUAUUGAUGCUGGGAGUAUCUGGAAUACCUACGCACGCUUACGCGAAUAAACCCUACAAAUAUUUUCGUUUGAUUUCGUCAAUUAUCAUUAGUCAGCAAGCAACUUUAACGGAAUACUAAGAAACUGUAAAUUUAUAAAAUGGGAAAACACCUACGUACAUAUCGAUGGUUUUCGAGAAAAGCGACACAACCCAAAAUUAACUCAAAUUCGGAGUUUUGCCGUUAAAAGCAAAAAUCAACUACAGAGUUUAUAAAUUUUUAUCUGGAAAAGCGUCAUAAGCGAAUCUUGAAGCAAUUCUGAGAGAUGGCGUUAGUGUCGUUUUGUCAGGUGAUCGAACUGGCGCGUCACUUAUCUUGAAAACUGACCCACUCAGUAUUUUGUAUUUUUGAAUUAUAUCACUUUUCUCGAAAACCAUCGAUAUGUACAUAUUUGUUAUAAUAAAUUUUACAUACAUUACCGGUAAAUGUUUAAUCAAUGCAAACAAAUUAAGCUUAAAUCACAUUAAGCUCCAGUCUCAUUCGGCCAGGAGUAGCGAAAGUGAUUCGGAAUAUUUUAUGUUGAUUUAAAAAUACAGAAAAGCCCUUUUGCAACUUAA